CACUAGCUGUGGUUGGAAUACAGAGAAUAUAAGGAACAUAUUAACUGAUUACGCGCAAAGAAUGGUGUUGCCCAUUGUUUGUUGUAUUUUUUCCCCAUCGGUAGUAUGACUGACUACUGGACGGGAUCCAUAGGGCACGGCUUUAGUUUGUUCUUGUCGGUCAGUCUGUUCAGAACGUAUUGUUCCGAUUCGAGCGGUUGGUAUUUACUUUGUCCGCAUGAAAGUAGAUCCGGAGUGCAAGAAGAUCUGUAUUUGUGGGGUGCCUAAGUGAAUUGGACCAUGGUUGUGGAUUUGAAACAUCUGAACGAUAGUUCCAGUUCAGGUGGGGAUGCUGAAGGAGAAAACAAUGGAACAGAACAGCGCGUACUACGUGAGAGCAGGGACCAUAUCGUGAUGGACAUGGCCAUUGAGAAGAUGCACCAGAAGAUGCGGACAAUCGUUGGAAGGCUUGAGAAAGACAUCGAGCGCAAGCUGGAUAUCCUGGUAGACGACGUGGUGGAUGAGGUAAAACUUUUUAACCUCAAAAACAACGAACUAAGACGGUUGUUUAAGGACACGAGUUUAUCUUCCGCGAAGAAAUCAUUAGACAAGCGAGGGGUGAAAAGCACCGAUCGACGACAACUGCCGGAGAAGGAAUUCACAGCCCGAAACUCGCUCCUGACGGACCUGUUCGAGGUGAAGCACAUCAAAACAAUUUAUCACAUAUUCGUCGUGAUACUUAUCAUCAUGUUUCUAAACACCGUGGUGCAUGACUUCGUUGACCGUGGAAGCAUUAAUCUAGGUCUACGCCCUAUCAAAGCCGGAUUUGGCCGGUUUCACAUAGCUCUUCUAGUUUGGAGUUGCAUGCAAACAUCCACGUUUUGUGUAUAUCCGUGUUUCUGUGCGUGGGCCAUUAUCCGGAAACGGUUCGGCAGGAAAGUGAGAAAAAUCUGGGACCUGACCUUCACCCUGGGGCUAGUGCUCUACCAAAUUCUUUUUAUUGUCCUUGUGAUCAAAGCAGUUCUGAUGUGGGAUCUACCACCCGCAUCUUCCGUUGCAGUGCUGAUGGAGAUGACGAGAUUUGUCAUGAAAGUGCAUGCCUUCGUUCGGAGUAACGUGCCGCGUGCGUGUUCCGAAUCGCGGAAAAGGCAUUCCGAAGCUAAGCCCACCCAUUCAACACUGGUCCCACCACGUUAUAAAUUUUUAUACUUCUUGUUCGCACCAACUCUUGUCUACCGUGACGAAUAUCCACGAACGAAACGCAUUCGCUGGCCGGUAGUAUUUCGACACGUACUGGAAGUGGUUGGAGUAAUCUUCUACAUCAGCUUCAUCUUCGAGAGAUUUCUGACGCCACUGUUCGACCGUUUCGGAGAUGCCCAAAUCAGCUCGGGAAAACUUGUGUUGACUCUGUUCAGCAGCAUAAUGCCCGGAUCGCUCUCUUUUUUGGCUGGUUUCUACUGUCUGCUUCACGCUUGGAUGAACGCCAGCUCCGAAUUGCUGCGAUUCGCCGAUCGCAUGUUCUAUCGGGAUUGGUGGAAUGCGUCGACAUUUCCGGACUACAUCCGAUCCUGGAAUCUGGUGGUACACGAUUGGUUGUAUACGUACAUCUACAAGGACUCCUGUGAGCAUUGGUUCAAGAAUUGUCGUUCGCUGGCGACCAUUUUGGUGUUCACCGUUUCGGCAGUGUUCCACGAGGUGAUUCUUGCCUUCGCGUUCCGGUUCUUCUACCCGGUGAUGUUCGUACAAUUUGAAUGUAUGGGACUGGUUCUGAUGUCUUUGACGCGCAACCUGAACAAAGGCAUUGGUAAUAUUUUCCUGUGGUUUAUGCUUUGCGUCGGAAAUGGUAUUCAGCUGUGUUUGUACAAUAUGGAGUACUACGCGAGGAGAAAUUGUCCGGUUAGUGGGACUUCGCUCGUAGACUAUCUGGUGCCUGUGUCGUGGACCUGUAACGGGAUCUCUCAUAACCCGAAUUGGACAAUCACUGCGCCGUGGGAUAUGGGAUGAAUGGGGGCUAGAUAAUUAGAUAGUUUGUAUAGCCGUAGAUAGUAUAUAAAUUAGGUUUAUGAAAUUGUAGGAUAUUGAAUGGUUUUGCCACUAGCAAUAAUAGCGAAUUUAUGUAGUAUUACAUAAUUUAUAGUUUAAUUUUAAAAGCGAGAGUUUGAAUCAAACGAUGAGUAGUUCAUUUGCGCUAGCAGUGAUUGAUUCGCGGUUAAUUAAGUCCUACAUCAUCCUACAUCACUGAUAAGCUGCGAAGAUGAGACUGUCUAUGAAACUCGGUCCUAAACAAUAAAUCAGUUUUCAA